UUUUUCCAAAAUGUCUGCGCCCAUAAUUUGUCAGGUGUUUCCCAGGAUUGCUAUAUUUUCUGUUUUACUUUCAAUUUAGAAAAAUAUUUUUUAAUAUAUAGUUAAAUUAGUUUCUUGUAUUGAUAGAUAAUGACGGAGAAAAUAGAUUUCCACCACAAAGUGAUUUUGGCUCCUAUGGUUAGGGUAUCUACAUUACCACUUAGACUUUUGUCUCUUAGAUAUGGAGCAGAUUUAGUAUAUUGUGAGGAAAUAAUUGAUUUUAAAAUACUCAGCUCAACAAGAGUAGAGAAUGAUAUACUUGGGACUGUUGACUAUGUUAUGUCAGAUGGUAACGUGGUAUUUAGAACCUGUGCACAGGAAAAAGGAAAACUCUUCUUUCAAUUGGGAACCAGUGAUGCAGAGAGGGCAGUAGCUGCUGCAUUGAAAGUACAGGAAGAUGUUGCUGGCAUUGAUGUUAAUAUGGGAUGUCCUAAAGAAUUCUCUAUUAAGGGUGGAAUGGGUGCAGCAUUAUUGAAAAAGCCAGAGAAAGUAAAACAGAUAUUAUCAAGUCUUGUGAAAGCAGUUUCUAUCCCAGUCACAUGUAAAAUUAGAUGUCUUCCUACCUUAGAAGAGACUAUUGAGUUAGCCAGGAUAAUAGAGAAGACAGGUGUGUCGGCCUUGACAGUUCAUGGUAGAACUAAGGAAGAAAGACCUAGACAUGCUAAUAGGAAUGAUUUUAUCAGAAAGAUAGCAGAAAGUUUGUCUAUCCCUGUUAUUGCCAAUGGCGGUUCAAAAGAGUUGAAAGAUUGUUCUGACAUACAGAAGUUUGCAAAGGACACGGGAUGCACCUCAGUGAUGGUUGCUAGGGCAGCAGAAAGGAAUCCUUCUAUUUUUAGAAAGGAGGGGAUAAUACCAUUACUAGAUAUUGUUAGAGAAUAUGUGAAAAUGGCAAUAGAUUGGGACAACAAUGCUAUAAACACCAAAUAUUGUAUAUUACAAAUGAUGUAUAAAGACAUGGACAUAAAAGAAGGUGAUCAAAGUCUGACUGCAGUUACUAUGGAGGAGUUCAGUGAAAUAUGGGGUCUUCAGGAAUAUUACCAACAACAUAAACAAUCUAUGACAAAGUUAUUAGCCAUGAAAUAUGAUAAAGAAACUGAGAUUCAUGUUGUUACUACAGAUGAUGGACACACAACUAUAGAGAUGCCCUUUAAAUUUUACAAAAAAGAAUUUCCUCCAAAGAUUACCCCAAAACAAAGAUUAUAUGAAGCAACAAAGAGAGCAGGGAUUAACAAACUAGAAUAUGAUGUGACAGAAAGGAAAGAAGACAGAUGUUAUAACUGUAUUCUGAAUGUUGGUGGAACUGUUUAUACAACUCCAUUUUGGGAAAAGUCCAAGCAGCUAGCGGAACAAGGGGCAGCAAUGGUAGCUACUACAGUGUUAGAUAUUAAAGAUGAGAGACAGUUCGUUGAAGGUGGUCAGAAUGAGGCUUUACUAGAAAAAUGGAAGAAACGGAAAAAUGACUGUGAUGUGAAAGAUAUAUAUCUUAGUUUCAAACAUUUACUUGACAAGGCUAAUGAAGAAAAGCUUGUGAAGAAAAGACUUAAUGAUGAAACAAAUGACAGUUGUAUAGAAGUAAAACAUUUUGUAUCAGAAAAUCAGGAUGAUGUGGUUACGUAAUAAUUUAUUGUCAGGUUUUGUUUUGCAUGUGAAAAAGGGACAUGAGACAAGAAUGUGUCAUUAUUUGAGGAUUUAUGAAUACAAGAUAUUUUUGUGUGCCCAAACUUGUUAAAGCAUUGUUACUUUUAUUUCGUUGUCAAGGGUGACAAAUUAAAUUAAUAUUUUAUUUUAAAUCAUACGUAUAACAUAAUUUGUUUCAUCAUAAAAUAACGAGCACUGUGCAUAAAAUACUAUUUUACGAGGUUGGAAGAGCCAAUUACUGUGGAUUCAUUAUUAUUCGUUGGAUUCUAAUUUUUGUGGUUUGCGUGAGUAAAGGUAAACCACAAAUUGAUGUUCAACGAAUUACCAAUUUUUCUUUAGGCUUGUAUGCAGACUUUGGCAAAAUCACAAAAAAAAUGAAUCCACAGUAUUUAUGCAAUUUUACCAGUAAAAAUCUGUGAUAUGUAUUGUGUGAGAAAUAAAGAUAUUUAAAAGUUAAA